CCUUCCUUCCUUCCUUUUGUGCUUGGGUUGCCUAACCCGCUUGAUCUCGCUCCGGACUUGCUGAGAGAGUGAGCGAGAGAGAAGAGAGAAAGAAUGACGGUUUUUCAUUUCUUCAAUUGUGCAAUCCUCACAUUCGGCCCCCAUGCCGUUUACUACUCUGCCACUCCCUUAUCCGAAUACGAUACACUAGGUACCUCUGUUAAAGCAGCUCUUGUCUAUCUCGGAACAGCUUUAGUAAAGCUUGUUUGCCUGGCAACUUUCCUAAAGGUAUCAGAGAACGAUAGCUUUGAUCCAUAUCAGGAACUAUUGAAAGCUCUCAUUGGUUUUAUAGAUGUUGCUGGCCUUUACUUUGCCUUGACUCAGUUGACUCACAGGAACAUUUCUCAGAAUCAUAAAUUUCAAGCUGUUGGACUUGGGUGGGCUUUUGCUGAUUCUGUUCUGCAUAGACUGGCACCGCUUUGGGUGGGUGCUCGAGGACUAGAAUUUACAUGGGAUUACGUUUUGCAAGGCAUUGAAGCAAAUGCAAAUCUGGUGUUGAGUAUAUCCCUAGCCGCAUUGGGUUCUUUGAUAUGGCUCCGGAAAAAUAAACCCAGGACUCUGAUUCCCAUAAUAUACGCAUGUGCAGGGAUAGUGGCAACCAUGCCAUCUAUUACAAGCUAUCUGAGGCGAGGAUUGGGCUGGCACUUACCAAAGGUGGUCGGCUUUGAACUGUUCACUUCACUGGUGAUGGCUUUUAUUAGUUGUCAGCUCUUUGCUGCGUGUCAGAGACCCUCUUCAUAAGACAGACGGCUAUCAUUUCUGCAGAUUUCGUAACGCAGAGAGGUCUUCAAGACAGCAUAAUUUUCUCCAAGGGGCCAAAGUCUCAAAUUAUUUGUUCCCCACGUCGUCUUUUAAUGUGGUCUCUGGAAAUUUCUCGAUAGAUUAGUCUGUUUAGACACUUGACUUCAUUUUUUUGGAUACAGAUAAAAUCUGUUUGGAUAGAACCCAUCAAGAUUUUGAACGGAAAUUGAUGUGUUUACUUGGUAGACUUUAUAUCUCGUGUGUUUCACGACUGCUUCAAUCAAAUUACGAUGUUUAACUUCUA